UGCCUUUGAAAGACUCUAAAAUAGACACCAUAAUGUUUGUUUAACAGUUGGAGUGUUGCGUUUUGCUGAGGUGUAUCUAAAAAUGGUGUUUGGCAACAAGGAUCAGAGAUUUUUAGACCAAUAACUUGAAUGACUGGUGGCAAAAUAUUUGAAGACAAUUGACCGUCUCACUGUGAAAGAUAAAAUGAUGCGAAACGCUAUUCUUUGGUGGAGCAACUUAUCUGUCAGACUGAUGUUUGUCUUCUGGCCGUGUGCAUCAGCUGGAAAGCAAUGUCAUAUUGAAAAUGAAAAGGCUGACUGCAGUCACCUAAAGCUGGCUCAAAUUCCCUCUGAUCUCCCAAACAACAUAACGAGUUUGGACAUUUCUCAUAAUCAGCUAAGACAGCUAGGCCCCGCAAAUUUGACCAGGUACAGCCAGCUGGUUUACUUGAAUGCAGGCUACAACAGCAUCUCUAAACUGCAACCAGAAUUGUGCCAAAAUGUGCCUCUGUUGCGGAUUCUGAAAUUAGAACAUAAUGAAUUGUCUAAGCUCCCUGACAGAGUCUUUGCUUACUGCACCAACCUGACUGAGCUCAAUCUAGGAUACAACAGACUAAAUAUAAAAAAUGAUCCUUUCAAAACCCUGGAGAACUUGAAUAUUUUGGACCUAUCUCACAAUUCUUUGAAGUCAGCCAAUUUAGGAUUGGAGCAAAAGCUGGAAAAACUCCGUGAACUCAGGCUGGGUAGCAACCAAAUCACUGAGUUGAAAAAAGAAGACUUCAGUUUUCUUAGCAACACUUCAUUGAAUAGUCUUGAUUUGUCAUCAAAUCCACUAAAAGAGUUUCAUAUGGGAUGUUUACAUUCAAUUGGAAAUCUGUUUGGCCUCAUCGUGAACAAUGUUGAACUUGGUGAAAAUCGCACAAAGAAACUUUGUACAGAAUUAUCAAACACAGCAAUUCGGAACCUCUCACUGAGCCAUGUGAAGCUUUUCCACAUUGGCAAGUCAACUUUCCAGGGACUGCAAGCAACAAAUCUUACAAUUUUAAACCUUUCCCAAAAUUCUCUCUCUGUCAUAGAAGAUGACUCAUUUCAGUGGCUUUCAAGUCUACAAUACUUAAACCUGAAGUUAAAUAAUAUUCAUGUAUCCUCUCAUUUAUUUUAUGGAUUAUCCAGCCUUAAAUAUUUGAAUCUCAUAAACUCACUUAGUGGUAAAAUUGAAGAUUUUUCUUUUCGUUGGUUAUACCACCUGGAGUACCUCAUAAUGGAUAAUAACAAUUUUCCAGGAAUUACAGCUAAUAUGUUCACAGGUCUGAACAACUUGAAAUACCUGAGUCUCUCUUACUGCAACAUAAACUUACAGAGAAUAACUAAUAAAACAUUUUCAUCACUUGCUAAUUCUAGCCUACAGGUUCUCAACCUCACAAAAACUAGAAUCUCUACAAUAGAAAGUGGAGCAUUUUCUUCCUUGGGAUACCUGAAAAUUCUUGAUCUUGGUCUCAAUGAAAUUAGUCAACAGCUCACAGGUCAUGAGUUUAAAGGUCUCAAUAAUAUACAAGUUAUUUAUCUUUCCUAUAAUAAAAACUUGACUUUGGGAAGUGAAUCAUUUAUUUUUGUUCCAAGCCUUAGAAAACUGAUGCUGAGGAAGGUAGGGUGCAGUAAUCUGGCACUUUCUCCAUCACCUUUUCAUCCUCUACGAAACCUGACUGUCCUGGACAUCAGCAAUAACAAUAUAGCAAACAUAAAUGAAGACUUGUUUGAUGGACUUGACAAACUUGACAUACUAGAUUUGCAGCACAAUAAUUUAGCCCGACUUUGGAAACAUGCAAAUCCAGGUGGCCCUGUUCUCUUUUUAAAAGGACUUUCCAAUCUACAAAUUCUUAAUUUAAAAUCAAAUGGGCUUGAUGAAAUUCCAGUUCAGGUUUUCAAGGGUCUGUUUCAAUUAAGACACUUGGAUUUAGGAUCCAAUAAUUUGAAUUUGCUUCCAGCAACGCUGUUUGAUGACCAAGACUCUCUGAAUUCAUUGAAUCUUCAGAAAAAUCUGAUAACUUCAGUUGAAGAAAAAGUAUUUGGAUCACCUUUCAAGAGCUUGAGAAAACUAGAGAUGGAUUCUAAUCCUUUUGAUUGCACCUGUGAAAGCAUUGCUUGGUUUGCUGAUUGGCUCAAUGUGACCCAAGUAGUUAUACCUGGACUGAGGUCCCAGUACAUUUGCAACACACCACCUAAAUAUCAUGGUAGUCUGGUUUUGUAUUUUGAUAGUUCAGCCUGCAAAGACAGUGCUCCAUUUAAACUUCUUUUUGUGAUCUCUACCACCGUUGUGACGCUACUCAUUUCUAUUGUCCUUACCAUCCAUUUUGAGGGGUGGAGAAUAGCUUUCUACUGGAACAUUUUAGUUAAUCGAAUGCUUGGUUCUAAAGAAUUUGAGAGGCAACAGGAACAGUUUUAUUAUGAUGCCUACGUUAUUCAUGCAAGAGAGGACAAGAAUUGGGUGUCUAAAAAUUUCAUGUCUCUAGAAAAAAAUAACCACUUUGAAAUAAGAUUUUGUUUAGAAGAACGGGACUUUGAAGCUGGCAUAUCUGAAUUUGAAGCCAUAAUUAAUAGUAUAAAAAUGAGCAGGAAGAUUAUUUUUGUUGUGACUGAACACCUCUUACAGGAUCCCUGGUGUAAAAAUUUCAAGGUGUAUCAUGCUCUUCAGCAAGCUGUUGAACAAAGUCGGGACUCCAUCAUACUGAUCUUUCUCAGUGAUAUCCAAGAUUACAAGUUGUAUCAUGCCCUUCAUCUGAGAAGAGGAAUGUUCAAAUCUCGCUGCAUCUUGAACUGGCCAGCCCACAGAGAACGAAUCAGUGCAUUUCAUCAGCAAUUAGUGAUGGCACUUAAAUCUAGUAGUAAAAUGCACUGAUUUUUUGAACUAGAGAUUUGAAAUACGGGGUCAUUUUAUUGUAUAUUUUCUACCACUGGAAAACUAGCAAGCCUUCAUGAAGAUCUGAAAAAGUUUGUCAUCCUGUAAAGAUAUGUAUGAGUCACUAUAAUUUAAAUUUACUUGUUUAUAUUCAUGUUUUUGCUGAUACUUUAACUCAGCUGCACUGAAGUGACAUAUUAAAAGGGAUCAUGGUUGGUAAUAAUUUACUCUGAAGAGCAGUGAGCAUGACUGAUGUUCUGGGAGCUGAUGUAGGGUAGAAAAGAUUCUCUAAGGGGAUAUACAAAAGAGAAUGCAUUAAUGAUAAAACAGGAAAUUCUGCAUAGAAGGCAGAGUGGACACUACUUCUAGCUUCUGAAACAUGGGGAGAUUCAGUGUAUUGAACUGGAAAGCUUUCUUUGUGAAACACAGUUAAGUAACACAGCAAAUUACUUCUGUAAUUCCAACCAAGAAACUUAGCAGUUUCAAAGUGAGUUUUAAAACCUUUGUGGUUGUGCCUUCUGGGUGGGGCUAAUGGUGGUGGCUAUCAAAAGUGACUUUCAGGCUGAUGAGUCAACUGAUUUAAUCAAUUUAGUAUCAUGAAAAAAGUUCUUUUGCUCUUCUCUGGUGAAAUUCAGAGAGCUGACAGAAGGAUAUUAUUAAUACUGAGAGAUGUUACCUCAAUUUUUUGAGUGCACAUAGAACUGUAUGUAGGCCUGUAGAUAGAACUUGAGAUCUAUGUGAAACAUGGCCAAGGCACAGCUGCUGCACCUGUAUAAAAUUAAAGGCAUAGAUAUUUUUAUAAUAUGACCAGAAGACAACUUUAUGGAGAAAGUGGUACUACUUGGUACCAAAAAUUUUGUUACUGGUGAAACAACAACAAAAGUCCAUCCAAAUAAAUAACUUUAAAUGGUAUAAGAAACAUUAUUGUGACUACAGCUAGAGUGGGAAAAAAUUUUAAAAUUAGAUAAAUUUCCAAUUUUUUGUUUCCUUUUGCACACACAUAAAGGCUAUGCGUAGGCUUCGAUAGCUAAAAAGAAAACUGUAAAGAAAUCAGAACUCUGUAGUUUAAUUUCUUGUAUGCUAAUCUAGUUUGAUUUUUUCCUGAAUGUACUUUACAGAAAUAUGGGCUAGUUCUCAAUUGACAGGGAAUUAAGGUUCAAACUUAUGGGCUAGUUGCUUGAUCUGGAGAGAGCUGAGACUGAGCAAAAUGUGCUUUGAAAGGGUGUUUAUAAUGUUUAAGACUGGCUAAAAUGUUAUGGUGUGUCUGAGCACAAUUUAUUGUAAAUUUGACACAAGGCAGUGAUUUGUAUAUUUUUGUUAAUAUUUAAUUGCUGUUUCAAGGACCUUGUAAAACUUUUCCAACUAUUAUCAGGUGCGUGAUCCUUCAAUAGCUCAGGAAUGUAAUUUAAUUUCCUAGCAUAUCCCUCAACUUCAAUACCAUUAUUGCUACAAGGAUGCUGUUUUACUGCUUUAGAAAACAGCUUGCAAUUAGUUCUAUAGCUAACAUUUUGAACAGCUUUUCUCAUCAUUUGCUAUAUGCAUUGAAAACAUGGGGUUUUAAUAAUUAUGUCCCAUGAUGAUAAAACCAAAAACCUAAACAAGACAAAUAUUUAAUGAAAUAGAUUUUUCAUGCACUGCAAUAGUGAAGGGAUUGUAGAUCUCUUCACUUGCUUGGGAAGUCCUGAGUGAAGACAAAACAGGCUUUGUUUACAGCUGAAGUGAUAGAUGAUGAUUCCCUAAUUACAGUAAUAGGAUUAUCCCCAUUGUGAUGCUUUCAUCUCAUCUUUCUGGCCUUUUCAGAGGGAGUGACAAAUUCUUUCUUCAUGCUUAGGCCGUGAAAGUUGAGGAGGCAAGCUGGUAAUACUGGUGUGCCAGGUAUGCAUCAUGCCAAUUGCUCUUUCUCUUAUUUAAAGACUAACAUGUGACAGGGUUCCUAUGUUUCCUAAAUCUGCAAUGACACAUAGCAGCAGAAUUUCUCUUUCCACAUCAAUAUAAAUGGUUUAGAAAAUGUUAGUAGUUCACAUGGAUUUUAAAAAUUACAUAAAGUUGAAGAGAAUAUGUGGAGAAAUGCUGAGGUAAAAGGUGAUACAAGAGGUCAGACUAGAUGAUCAAAUGGUCUUUUCUGACUCUUGGAGCCUGACAAAUGACAGCAUAUCUAAAUUUCUACAGAUUUUUCUAGUUAUUAAAAUGCACCCAAAAUUGGUUUCAGAAUAGUGAAAAAAAUGUUAUGAAUUAAGCUUAGCUUUGUAAUGCAGCUAAGUAUACAAACAAGAAGUACUUGGUGAUGAAUGAAAAAUCACUUUAAAUUAUAAAAACAUGAUGAAUGCAUUCCGAACAGUUAUUUUAGUAUCAAGAUUCAGUUUAAAAUAAUUUACCACAGAAAAAGACAUUACAAGGCUCACAAUGACCAUUAGACUAAUAUAUUAAAAAGUACAAAAGUAAUAAUCUCAGGUCCAGUGGCAAACUAACUAAAAUUUUCCCAUAAUUUUCCCCUGUUUUUCUGGGAGUUACCCACUCCUGCUCUGUUCCUGUACAUUUGCUUUACAAUUUUAUUGAGAGAAAUAAAUGGGCUUUCCAUGGCAAAGUGUUAUAAAUGCUUUGCAGCGGGCAGCAUCAGAUUAUAUAAUGCUGAUUUGCUGAGGAGUUGAACAUCAAUAAAUGAAAAAUACUUGCAUACUUGUAGUAUCAAAGAUAUUACCUAGGACUAAAGAGGAGCUAUUUG